GAAGUGACGGAGCGCGGAGGUUGGGGCUUCCGGAGCGCAGGCAGCGGCGGCCCGGCAGGAGGAGCUCGGGGAGCCGCUCCCUGCAGCCCCCGCCCGCGGAGCCGCCGGAGACAGAGCUCAGAUGAAAUCAAAAGAACGAUAAAGUGUGGAGGAAAACAAGACGCUGCAAUUGCUUUCCUGGUCUGCGGCUUGACAGGGCAUUAAGAUGUCCGUGGACAUGAACAGCCAGGGCUCUGACAGCAAUGAAGAGGAUUAUGACCCUAAUUGCGAGGAGGAGGAAGAGGAUGAGGAUCCGGGGGAUAUUGAGGAUUAUUAUGAUGGGGUAGCUAACGACGUGGAGCAGCAGGGAGCAGAUGCCUUUGAUCCAGAGGAAUAUCAGUUCACCUGCCUGACUUACAAGGAGUCGGAAAGCACUCUGAAUGAACACAUGGCCAGCUUGGCUGCCACGUUAAAGGUAUCACACGCUGUUGCAAAGCUUGUGUUAGUUAGUUUCCACUGGCAAAUCUCAGAGAUUCUGGAAAGGCACAAGUCUAAUGCUGCCCAGUUACUAGUAGAAGCACGAGUUCAGCCCAACUCAUCCAAACAUGCAAUGGUACAUUCCUCCCAUCACUGCGCAGUGUGCAUGCAGUUUGUCCGGAAGGAGAACUUGCUUUCUCUGGCUUGUCAGCACCAGUUCUGUCGCAGCUGCUGGGAGCAGCAUUGUACAGUGCUUGUCAAAGAUGGUGUCGGAGUUGGGGUCUCCUGCAUGGCUCAGGACUGCCUACUUCGCACACCCGAAGACUUUGUUUUUCCAUUGCUGCCUAGUGAAGAGCUGAAAGACAAAUACAGGCGCUACCUCUUCAGGGACUAUGUGGAGAGCCAUUACCAGCUGCAGCUGUGCCCUGGUGCAGAUUGCCCUAUGGUCAUACAGGUACAGGAGCCAAAAGCCCGGCGAGUGCAGUGCAAUCGUUGCAAUGAGGUCUUCUGCUUUAAGUGUCGGCAGAUGUACCACGCACCCACAGACUGUGCUACCAUCCGGAAAUGGCUCACCAAAUGUGCAGAUGACUCCGAAACAGCCAACUACAUCAGUGCUCACACUAAAGAUUGUCCGAAGUGCAAUAUCUGUAUUGAAAAGAAUGGAGGCUGCAAUCACAUGCAAUGCUCCAAAUGCAAGCAUGACUUCUGCUGGAUGUGUCUGGGAGACUGGAAGACUCAUGGCAGCGAGUACUACGAAUGCAGUCGGUACAAAGAGAAUCCUGAUAUUGUAAACCAGAGUCAGCAAGCACAGGCCAGGGAGGCCCUUAAGAAGUACUUGUUCUAUUUUGAGAGGUGGGAGAAUCACAAUAAAAGUUUGCAGCUGGAGGCACAGACAUACCAGCGAAUCCAGGAGAAAAUUCAGGAAAGAGUUAUGAACAACUUGGGAACAUGGAUAGACUGGCAAUACCUACAAAAUGCUGCAAAACUACUUGCAAAGUGUCGUUACACUCUGCAGUACACAUAUCCAUAUGCCUACUACAUGGAGUCUGGUCCCAGAAAGAAACUGUUUGAAUACCAGCAGGCCCAGCUGGAAGCUGAAAUUGAAAAUCUCUCAUGGAAGGUGGAACGAGCAGACAGCUAUGACAGAGGGGACUUAGAGAAUCAGAUGCACAUAGCAGAGCAGAGACGGAGGACCCUGCUGAAAGACUUCCAUGACACAUAAAACAGGAGAAAAUGACAAAGUGCAGGGGUGAGAGCAGCGAGUGAAGUGAUGGCAGCUUCACCAGGACAAGCAGGCACUGCCUCUGGGAGAACACGGCCAAGGACAGAGCCACCCCUCCCCUUGCAAGUCAGACACAUGCAAACAUCACAUCUUAGUCCAGUUUGUUCUCUUAUCUUUCUGUUUGUUUCCGCCAUGCUAGAGGCCAGAGUUCAGAUUGGCAUAUUUCCUGGGACAUUUCCCUCCUGCCCUCAAUGGUUUCAGAAGGGGAGGGAGUUUUUCUCUGAAUGGCUGUUAAUAGUAUUAGAUCAAUACAAUUUAUGUAAUUUUCAACGGUUGUACAAUUAUACAGACAAACCUUAGAAUAACACACAACCCUUUUUAAAAAUAAAUUGGCAGUGGAGUGUUUUUCCUUAA